AUGAGCUACUACGGCAACUACUACGGAGGCCUGGACUACGGCUAUGGUGGCUUCGGUGGUCUGGGCUAUGGCUGUGGCUGUGGCAGACUAGGCCCAUAUGGCUGUGGCUAUGGAGGUUACGGAUAUGGCUCUGGCUUUGGAGGCUGCAGAUAUGGCUCUGGUUAUGGAGGUUAUGGAUAUGGCUCUGGCUAUGGAUAUGGCUCUGGCUACGGCUAUGGCUGCUGCCGUCCAUCUUGCUAUGGAAGAUACAGAUUCUCCAGUUUCUACUGA